AUGCUACCCCGCAUCCCCGGCGUCCUAGCCGCCAAACCACAGGCCGCACAGCUCCGCAACAUCGUCGCUAACCUCAUGGGCUCCCGCGGGACUGGCUUCCCUGGCGCCCAACCCAUCUCCUUCGCCCGCGACCACAUCCACGAGCUGCAGCGCGAAAACUACUUUGUUUCCGAGAAGGCCGACGGGAUACGAUGUCUGAUGUUCUCGACGACUGAUUCGAAUGGGCGGGGUGAGACUUACCUCAUUGACAGGCAUAAUGAGUACUAUCGCCUAGACUUUGGGUUACCGAUACCUGGCCGCCGUGGAGCGUUCCAUUAUGAUACGAUAUUGGAUGGAGAGCUGGUGUUGGAUGUGUAUCCGGAUCAGAAGCAAGUUUUGUGGUUCUUAUUGUUCGACUGCAUGGCUGUGGAUGGCAAGAGUUUGGUGGAGAGGGAUUAUAUGAAGCGGUUGGGGUAUCUGAAAGAGACCAUACUGAAGCCGUACAAGGAGCUGAUGAGCCAGGACAAGAACUAUGCCGCUGUACAGCCGUUCAGAAUGGACCUAAAACCCCUGCAACUCUCCUACCACCUCCAAAAAGUAUUCGAAGACAUCCCCAACCUGAAACACAAAUCCGACGGGAUCAUCUUCACGUCGAGCGUGGCCAGGUAUUACACGGGGACUUGUGAGAAGAUGCUUAAAUGGAAACCGGCCAACGAAAACACAGUCGAUUUCCGGAUACGAGUCGUCGGCGACUUUAGUCAACCCGAGUACGCUCUCGAACUAUGGGAGGGCCGUGACGAGUACUCUGAGUUUGGGAUGUUGACGUUGGAGCCGGAGCUGGAACAAUCAUGGGCCAGAUCGCCACCCGAAAACCGCAUCAUCGAAUGCCGCUACGACCCGUCCUGGCCCGGCCAAUGGCGGUUCUCCCGCUGGCGCGACGAUAAGCAGCAUGCGAAUCAUAGGAGCACUUAUCGGAAGAUCAUGGAGAGUAUUCGGGAUGGGGUUGAUGAGCAGGAGUUGUUGAACUCGGCGCCGUUGAUUCGUUCGAAGUGGAAGGAUAGGGAGCGGGAGGCUGCUACUGGUCGGGUGUAG